AUGAGCCUGACGGAACUGCUGGCAGAGAUCCUGGAGGGCCAGGUGGCAGAGGCCAAGGUGCCCCUAUCAACCUCAAUGGUUCUACCAAAAAUUAACAGAGAAGUCAACGUUGACCCAUUGAGUGGGCUUGCCAACAAGAGGAACGAAAAGAUAACCCUACGAUUCCACCCCAUUGGCUCUACCCCAGCCAUUGCGCCUAAAACGUUUAAAAUCUCCGGCUUUCAGUCUGUGGCUGUGGUUCUGAGCUACCUCAUGAAGAGACUACGACUCAAAUCUGUCCACUUGUACGUGCUGAACACAUUUCAACCCACACCUGAUGAAAAGCUAGGUGAUCUCCACGAGAUGUUUCAGAGCAAUGGCGAGCUUGUGCUAGGGUACUGUGAGACCGUAGCCUUUGGAUGA